UCCAAGAUGACCAAGAAAAGAAGGAAUAAUGGUCGUGUCAAAAAGGGCCGCGGCCACGUGCAGCCUGUUCGCUGUACUAACUGUGCCCGAUGCGUGCCCAAGGAUAAGACCAUUAAGAAGUUCGUCAUUCGUAACAUCCUAGAGGCCGCAGCCGUCAGGGACAUUUCCGAAGCGAGUGUUUUCGACGCCUAUGUACUUCCCAAGCUGUAUGUGAAACUGCAUUAUUGCGUCAGUUGUGCCAUUCACAGCAAGGUAGCCAGGAAUCGUUCUCGGGAAGCCCUGAAGGACCGAACGAACACCUCCACCCCGAUUUAG